AUGAAAGUGCACAAAGUUACAUUCAUCGCAUCUGCUGUAAGCGGUAUAACACUUGUGGCUUGCCUGAUAGCUGUUCUCAGCAUUUACAGUGAUGUACAAACGAUCUGGAGUCAGCUGGAUCUGGAAAUCAGUACAUUCCGGGCUACAACUGAUGAUUUAUGGAAGGACAUGAUGCGAUUUGCUAGAAAAAAACGAUUUCGACGGCAAUACGGUGGAAAGGGUGUUUACAGCGGUGGCAGCAAUCCGGGAAAUCACGAAGCAUCCAUUCCAUCCGGUGGACUUAAUCAGUAUGGUGAAGAGGAUGGAAACCAUGAAGCCACAAUUCCACCACAUGACUCCAGUGGUUAUGGGAGCAAUAUUGGGCCUGCUAGUUCGGUUCCUUCGCCGAUAGAUGUUGGCAGUUCCUCGCCAAGUCCGCCGCCUUCUCUUGCUGGUCCGCCGAAGUUGCAGCAUCCAUCUGCUGGUAAAAGUGCCGGUUGUGGUAUGUUCUGUGAUUUGCUGGAACUCAUUGUGAGGUCUCUCAAAACUGAAAAAUGA